AUGAAGUUCCUCCCACGACUCGCGGGACCCCGGCAACGCGCCCGGCCCUCGGCGGCCACCGCGCGGUAUCGCCCGAAACUCAGCGCCCAGCCCCAUUGGCCGUCGCCGCCACUCCCCUCCCAGCCCGCGGCGUCGCCCGGGGAGCCGGGCCGCCCACCGGGCACGGUCGAGAGUCUCCGCUCCUGGAGCAGAGCCAACUGGAGACCCGGGGCCAAACUCUUACCUGUACUCGGGGGUGAACACCCUGAAGCUACGGAGACCACUCUGACUGGGGCGCGCGACCCUCGGAGAGAGAAGCCCAGCCGGCUAGAGGAGAAGAUGGGUCUCCAGAGACGCGGAGAAAUGGCGGCGCAAGGCGUGAGCCCACCCUGCGCUAAUCCCCGGAGGACCCCGGCCGCCCGCGGGCACGCCCCUUAAAGCCCCAUCCAAGGUCCGCCCCUCGAAGGGCGGGGUGCUCCGCUCUUAAAGGGGCAAUGGCACCGCCCCGGAAAUCGGCCUCUGGAGACUGAAUUUAAGCUGGCAACACUAGGUGGGGCCGACAGAAAUAAAGAACUGCAGUUCACCUUUAAUCCCAACACUCCAGAGGCAGUGGCAG